AUGAGGCGAACACCACCUAUGCCCGCAGAACAAAGGCCAAGGCCAAACACCACGGUCACCAACAGUUCAGGCCAAGGGUGGGAAUCAAAAGCGCUCCAUGGCAAAUACCUACAGCGGGUGAAACCGGCUGACGUGGACCAAGACAAGACCCACAGAUGGCUAAAGGCAGCUGGCCUCAAGGCAGAAACCGAGGGCUUUAUCAUCGCAANAACAGCUCAGGCCAAGAGUGGGAAUCAAAAGCGCUCCAUGGCAAAUACCUACAGCGGGUGAAACCGGCUGACGUGGACCAAGACAAGACCCACAGAUGGCUAAAGGCAGCUGGCCUCAAGGCAGAAACCGAGGGCUUUAUCAUCGCAACCCAGGAACAAAGCCCCCAACACGCUGGUAUUAACAAAACAUCCUCAAGAAGCCUGACGUGGACCCAAAAUGUAGACUGUAUGGCCGUUUCCACGAGACCAUUGACCACCUGGUCUCUGGCUGCCCUGAACUGGCUAAAACUGAACAUACCCGCCGCCACAACAAGGCAGCUGCACCCAUGCACUGGAAGGUCUGCAAAGAGUUUUGCAUUG